GUGGCCCCGCGAUGUCGCUAGUACUGCUGAGCCUGGCCGAGCUGUGCUGCGGUGCCAUGCCUCCGGAGCCGUGGACGUUUUCCUACAUUGGCUUUCCUGUAGAGCUGAACAGAGUCUAUUUCAUUGGGGCCCAUAACAUCCCCAAUGCAAAUAUGAAUGAAGACGGCCCCUCCCUGGCUGUGAACUUCACCUCACCAGGCUGCCUGGACCACAUAAUGAAAUACAAAAAAAAGUGCAUCGAGGCAGGAAGUCUGUGGGAUCCAAACAUCACUGCUUGUAAGAAGAAUGAGACCACGGUAGAAGUGAACUUUACAACCAGUCCCCUUGGAAACAGAUAUAUGGCUCUCAUACAAAAUACCACUGUAAUUGGGACUUCUUAUGUGUUGGAGAAGGAACUAACUCGAACUUCCGUGUUGGUUCAAGGGACUGGGCAAAGUGAAGGUGCUGUGGUCCAGCUGACUCCGUAUUUCCAUACCUGUGCUUCAUUUAUGAGAUCAAGAUCCAUGACCAAGCAGGAUAUACACAAGAAGGGAAACAAAAUCAACGGUGCAAAAUUGAUAUUCAGAGUGCCUCAAGGAUCUGCUGAAAAACAUCAGGGCUGCAGAAGUGUGCUGGGUGGAUGGCUGCCUCUCCUCCUCUCGGCUCUGCUGGUGGCCACGUGGGUGCUGGCGGUUGGGAUCUAUCUGACCUGGAGGCAUGAAAGGAUCAAGAAGACUUCCUUCUCUACUACCACACUACUGCCCCCCAUUAAGGUUCUUGUGGUUUACCCAUCUGAAAUAUGUUUCCAUCACACAGUUUGCUACUUCACUGAAUUUAUUUAAAACCACUGCAGAAGUGAAGUCAUCCUUGAAAAAUGGCAGAAAAAGAAAAUAGCCGAGACGGGUCCCGUGCAGUGGCUUACCACUCAGAAGAGCGCCACGGAUGAGGUCAUUUUCCUUCUUUCCAAUGAUAACACCAUGUGUGAUGGUACCUGUGGCAAGAGGGGAGGCAGCCCCUGUCAGAACUCCCAAGACCUGUUCCCCAUCGCCUUGAACCUCUUCCGCAGCGAUCUGAGAAGCCAGACUCAUCUGCACAAAUACGUGAUAGUCUAUUUCAGAGAGGAUACCAAAGACGACGACACUGGGCUCAGUGUCUGCCCCACAUACCGCCUCGUGAAGGACGCUACGGCUUUCUGAGAGCUUCUCCAUGCCAAACAACGUGUGUCGACGGGCAGAAGGGUGCACGCCUGCCACUACAGCUGCUCCUCCCCAUAGCCCAGCCACGAAGCAGGAGACCUUAAAGCCUUCCUACUGCUCCAAUUACAGGAGGAAAGCAUCUGUGAUGAUUCUGAAGUUUACCGUACAGGGUACUUGUAGGGAGGAUUACAGCUGAACCUUGAAAAACCCAGGGGGUAGGGGUGCUGACCCCUGUGCAGUCGAAAAUUCAUGUAUAACUUUACAGUCCACUAUCUGUCUCUGUGGUUCUGCAUCCGUGGAUUCAACCAACUGCAGACCGGUAGUAUGUAUUUAUUGAAAAAAUCUACAUAUAAGUGAAUCUGCCCAGUUCAAACUUGUGUUGUUCAAGGGUCAACCAUAUGUAUACCUGCGUUAGCAAAAGUAAGGGAGGAUUCACAACUGAAUACAUACACCUUAGUCUAGUAAUUAAAAGUUUUUAUGCUUAUAAAAUUGUUACAAAUUUACUAACUACUGUGGCAUUAAAGAACAGAAACUGAAUUUAUAACUAUAAAGCUAAGU